CUGUUGUGUUUUAAAAAAAAUUCAGAGUUGAUUUGUGGAAUUUAAAGUUGUUUCCUCGAUGUUUGUCCGCUGGAUAAUCUUCCGAAAUGUUCAGGCUAGAAGACGGAAGUUUUUUUUAGCCCAAAAUCCACAAAAUAUAGACGAGAGGGGCGGAGCGAGUGCUGAAUAUAUAUAGUUAUAUAUAUACAGCAGUAAGAGCAACCUGCUUCUUCUGUGAGCGAGCGAGAGAGAGAGAGAGAGAGAGCGAGAGAGAGAGAGAGAGAGCGCGCGCGCUAGCUUCAACAUCUUUCGGCUUCAACAUCUUUAAACUGACGCUCCAGUUCUGUCAUCUACCAUGUUGGCUGUCGGACUCUUCAUGUCCCUUCUGUUGCUACGAGUUAGCUGUUGCUUGGUGACCGAAGUUCCAGAGGACGCAAGUGCCGAGUUCUGGGUCAGACUCUACCAUCAGCUCCAGAUGGCAGGACCUGACGACAACAUUAUCUUCUCUCCGCUGAGCGUGGCACUGGCUCUGGGAAUGGUAGAGCUGGGGGCUCGAGGGUCCUCCCUGCAGCAGAUCAGACAGGCUGUGGGUUACACACAGUACAGAGACGAUGAGGAGUUCGCUGUCCUCAAGAACCUAACCCAGGCUUUGGUUGGAGAUGAGACCCAGUAUGUGGUGCAUUUGGCAAACGCUCUAUUCCUGCAGACCGGCGUUCACUUUAGCCCCGAGUUCCUGAAGCUCAUUAAACAUUAUUUCCAUGCCGAAGCAGAAACAGUGGACUUUAACGAGUCAGCCACUGUGGCUCAACACAUCAAUGCCUGGGUCCAGAACCACACAGCAAGUAAGAUUCAUGACCUGGUUUCAGCAGAAGAUUUUAGCAGCUCGACAAGAAUAACACUGAUUAAUGCAGUUUACUUUCGAGGCAGCUGGAAAAAUCAGUUUUGUCCCGAAAACACAAGAACAUUUUCCUUUAGCAAAGAUGAUGGAAGUGAGGUCCAAACGCUGAUGAUGUACCAACAGGGUGAUUUUUACUAUGGUGAGUUCAGCGAUGGCAGCUCAGAGGCAGGAGGAGUGUAUCAGGUGUUGGAGAUGCCCUAUGAAGGUGAAGACAUGAGCAUGAUGAUCGUUUUGCCAAGACAGGAAGUUCUGCUGGCCUCGUUAGAACCGAUCAUCAAAGCAUCGCUGAUUGAGGACUGGGCAAACAAUGUCAAGAAGCAGAAAGUGGAGGUUUACCUGCCCAGAUUUAAAGUGGAGCAGAUGAUUGACCUGAAAGAAGUAUUACAGCAGCUUGGCAUCAAGAACAUCUUUUCCAAAGAAGCAGACCUGUCGGCCAUGACAGCUGAGACAGGAGAAGGGGGGAAUCUGUUCAUCGGGAAAGCUGUGCAAAAGUCUUACCUGGAGGUGACGGAGGAGGGAGCAGAGGGAGCCGCCGCAUCAGGAAUGAUUGCUAUGGCGAGGAACAUGGUGUUAUACCCUCAGGUUAUGGCUGAUCAUCCCUUCUUCUUUAUCAUCCGGAACAGGAAGACAGGCUCCAUCCUUUUCAUGGGUCGAGUCAUGAACCCAGAGGUCGUCGAUCCGUUCGAUCCUGACUUUGAUGCUGUUUAAUGCACCAGUAAUCAAAUUAACAAGGCCAAAUGAGUGCCAUUGCCAUUUUUUUCCAUUCAUGGUUUUCUACAGGGAGAUCCCUGCAUACACAAAUUAUACUCUACAUCAUAUGUGAUUGUAUUUUGAUACUCAGCUUUAACCACAAGAGCAGAUGUUGUAAAUAUAUCGGGGAUAACGGUCUCUGUGGCCAUGAUAGUAAAAGCAGCACAUGCAUUUAUACGUAUUUAUUGAAAUAAUUAUCUUCAUUUCUUUUUCAGAUAUUUAUUGAAUAUAUAAUUCAGAUAUUUGUAGAUAUUUAUUGAAUAUAAACAUGCAGUGUUCUCUUGUCUUUCUCCGUCUUGAUUUUUAUCUUUUUCCCUCCUAAGUAUCCUAAGUAUCCUAAAUCUUGGUAUUUUUAAUCUUCGAUGUGGCUGAAGUACUGCUGAAAUAUUGACAUGCCUUAUAAAAUGAGUUUUCAUUUUCAUGAAUGUACAGUCGAGGAAGCAGGGUUACCAUGGUGACUGAGUGUGCAGACCAUCUGUUUGGUGUACAGGGAUUUGAAUAAGAGACACACCAGCUGUAUUCUUGAUUUCAGAAAUAAAUAUGAAUGUGGAAAAGCUGUCGUUCAAUCAUCAGGUAUAAGGAAUAUUUCUACUGCAGAUAAUGUAGAAGAAUGUACUUAUCAGAUACUGUGUGACUGAAAAUACCAUCAUUAUUUAUCUGUGCUGUGGGUGUUUAUGAUGACUAAUAAUCUUCUUCUUUGUUUGUUGUGAAAAUGUAAACUAUUAUUACUGUCAGACUUAUUUUUUCUUGUAUCCUGACAUAUGAAAGUAUUCUAACCUCGGA